GAGCGCUAGCUGAAACUGGAGAUGUACAUGUGAAGGGUUGGCUUUCAACAUUUCCUUUUUUUCUCUUCUGCUUCUUCUAACCAUAGGCAGUCACGGGGCAUUGGGAUAUUAACAUACAAUGCUGUUGUCUUUAUUGUUUUAAGUAAAACUUGUCACUGAAGCCAGGUACUUAUAAUCAUGGAAAGGUGAAGGAGAUGAAAGACAGCUUGGUACAUGUAGAGCCGGACGACUGUUUUUUUCUCCCUCUAUUUCCACACAAAGUUCCUAUGUUUUUCUGCUGCGAGAGUUGGGGAACUGUUCUGUGAGCUACCUGCCAUCACAAAAUCGAAGGACAAUUUGUUUGUAGAUAUUUUUGGAAAUUUAUUUUAUUUGAUUUAUCCUGUGGGAAAAGAGAGCAACUUUUAUUCCAGUGUGUGUUCCACCAGGCACCCAGACUGAUUGGAGCGUCAGUCAGACAGCGAGCCAUGCGAGGGCAGCGCGUAGCAGAUUGUGUGCGUAGACCAUGUGGAGGCUGGACAGUGGUUGUCUGGCUGCUGUUGUCCCUGCUAGGUUCCCUACUACUGGUGGGCAUCAGUGGGAUUCUGCAGAUCGGUGAGUAUAUGACCAAUAUCAGCAGACGAGCCAUAUCCACCAAUAGCACGACGACGAUGACUGCCAUGAAGACAACGCAUUCUCAAGUGCGUCUGGUGAACGGGCGUAACAGGUGUGAGGGGCGUGUGGAGGUUUGGCACAACGGGACAUGGGGUACAGUGUGUGAUGACGACUGGGACAUGGUAGAUGCCAACGUGGUGUGUCGGCAGUUGGACUGUGGUCUGGCCAUGGCGGUGGGCAGCAUCUCAGAGUAUGGCCAGGGCUCAGGGCCCGUCCUGCUGGACAAUGUAGACUGCAAAGGAGGGGAGACAGACCUGGGACAGUGUGGAAGUCUGGGCUGGGGCAUCCACAACUGUUACCACUAUGAGGACGUGUCUGUCACAUGCAAAGAUACAUCAGUGCUGGAGUCACGGGGCAUGGGCGAGCCCACCACUCCCUCUAGGAGAAACUCAGGGUUAAGAGAUGGUACAAUCCGGUUAGUUGGUGGUGUGGACUACUGCCAGGGACGGGUGGAGGUCUACUACCGUGGCAGCUGGGGGACGGUGUGUGAUGACGACUGGGGUAUGAGAGACGCAGGGGUGGUGUGCCAGCAGAUAUACUGUGGCCAUGCCGUUUCCUCCACCACCAACGCCUAUUUUGGCUACGGGACAGGCCUGAUUCUACUGGACAACGUCAACUGUAAUGGCUACGAGAACCAGCUGAGUAAGUGCUACAGCCUGGGCUGGGGGAUACACAACUGUGGACAUCAUGAGGACGCUGGGGUUAUCUGUUCAGGCUCAGGAUCCACUACCGUUCCUCCUAUGAACACUGAAACCAUGGGCAUGGGAAGGGGAUUCUUUCAGACUGCCAGCACUGCAGUAACCGACCAAACAGAAUUAGUCACCGAAGCAACUACGGCUGUGACAACGGUUGCUAUGACAACAAGAGAGCGGCCCACCAUCCGCGUGGUGAAUGGUAACAGCAGCUGCCAGGGCCGUGUGGAGGUGUUCCACAACAACCAGUGGGGCACGGUGUGUGACGAUGACUGGGAUCUGCCCAAUGCCCAAGUGGUGUGUAGGCAUCUGGGCUGUGGCCCUGCCAUCUCUGCCAAGGCCCUGGCCUACUUCGGCUACGGCUCGGGCCCCAUCUUGCUGGACAAUGUGGACUGUAGGGGCAGUGAAGGGGAGCUGUCAGAUUGUUUCCACCUGGGCUGGGGACAGCACAACUGUGGACAUCAUGAAGACGCUGGAGUCAUCUGUACACCCUUUCAGCUUGUGGGACCUGGAAAUGACUUCGGGAUGACAGAGAGAACGCCCACCACUAGACCACCAAGUGAAGGCUUGGCGAGGUUGGUGGGCGGGCAGCACCGCUGCGAGGGCCGGGUGGAGAUGUUCUCAGGGGCGGAAUGGGGUACGGUGUGCGACGAUGCCUGGGACAUGCCUGAUGCCCAGGUGGUGUGUCGCCAGCUGGGCUGUGGGGAGGCUGCUACGGCCCGUGUGGAGGCCUUCUUUGGGCCCGGCAGCGGCACCAUCCUCCUGGACAAUCUGAAGUGCAGCGGCUCUGAGGCCUCGCUCCAGCAGUGCUCCCACAUAUCCUGGGAAGUGCACAACUGUGACCACUCUGAAGACGCCGGCGUCACCUGCUCACUGUCGUGAUUCCAGCAGUGAUUCGCCGCCAUGGAGCCGCCAAACUCCUCCCAACUCCACUGCCAACUAAUAGGACGGGCGCCAUGGGUAGCACAACCCGGGACUUGUAAACAUUAUGUAAAUAACAGCUCAUCCCAAUGCCAAACAUAAGGAAGACUACAACAACAACAAACAAACAAGCAAAGAAACUAACAUAUGAUGAUAUAUGAUUAAAUAUUAUAAUAAUCUAUUCCUAUUAAGCACUUUAUAAAUAUAUAUAAAUAUAUAUGAUAUAAAAUAACGCUGUACACAUUUUUUUUAUAUUUGAUAAACAGUGGAAACCAACGUUUUAAACCGAC